AGCGGCGAGGCGGGCUCGGCGGCGGGCCGCGGGCAGGCCAUCGUCUGGCGCAACGUGGUGCUGAUGGGGCUGCUGCACCUGGGCGCCGUCUACGCCCUCAGCCUGGUGCCGCGGGCGCAGCUCCUCACCCUGCUCUGGGCCUACUUCUGUUUCCUGAUGACAGCCCUGGGCGUGACGGCGGGCGCGCAUCGCCUGUGGAGCCACCGUUCCUACAAAGCCAAGCUGCCUUUGAGGAUCUUUCUGGCUGCAGCUAACUCCAUGGCUUUCCAGAAUGACAUCUACGAGUGGAGCCGGGACCACCGCGUGCACCACAAGUACUCGGAGACGGACGCGGACCCACACAACGCCCGCCGCGGCUUCUUCUUCUCCCACAUCGGCUGGCUCUUCGUGCGCAAGCACCGGGACGUCAUAGAGAAGGGGAGGAAACUGGAUUUCAGCGACCUGCUGGACGACCCCGUCGUCAGGUUCCAAAGAAAGUAUUACAAGAGUUCGGUUGUGCUGAUGUGCUUCGUGAUCCCUACUUUUGUGCCGUGGUACCUCUGGGGUGAGAGCCUGUGGAAUGCCUACUUCCUGGCCUCCAUCCUCCGGUACACCAUCUCCCUCAACGUCACCUGGCUGGUCAACAGUGCCGCUCACAUGUACGGCAACCGUCCCUACGACAAGAACAUCAACCCCCGGCAGAAUACCUUCGUCACCCUGGGAGCCAUCGGUGAGGGUUUCCACAAUUACCACCACACCUUCCCCUUCGACUACUCGGCCAGCGAGCUGGGCCUGAAGUUCAACCCCACCACCUGGUUCAUUGACUUCAUGUUUUGGUUGGGGUUGGUCACUGACCGCAAGCAGGCUCCCAAGGAGAUGAUCCAGGCUCGCAAGGAAAGGACUGGAGACGGCAGCGCCUGAGCCCUCGCGCUUUGCCGUGCCCGUGGCUGGGACUUCCCCAGCGCGCGCACCCUCCCGCCUGUGGUUGGAUUUAUUUUCCUCUUGGUAAACUUAGGGGUUUUUUUUGUUUGUUUGUUUGUUUUUCAGAUCAGCUGGGCCAAAUUCAUUCCCCAGGAACAGAUUCGGCCCCAGCUGUUUUUUCCUUACUAGCUGUCUUACGUCCAGACUUCAGACUAUUACGAGUGAAGGCGUUACGUAUUAUUUAAUAUUAUAGUUAAACAGGAGAGAGAUUUGAUUUUAGUCCCUGUAGUUCAUGUCUGAAAUACAUUGUAAUUUGCUUGUUCAUGGUAAAUGUUGGCAGGUCGGAGGAACUGACUAUCCUUUCCAAGUGCAGUUAGGGGAGAUUUUUGUUUCUACUAUUAAUCAAAUCUGCUUUCGAGACGUGUCUCCGGGAGGGGAUGGGGCAGGGCCCAACGUGCUGUUUCCAUACAGGUUAGUGGAAAGGAGAGGAACACAGCACUGAUGGAAAAACAGGAUGUCCAAGGGGAAAAACCAAGCCUGAUGUUAGUUAGAUGUUAGUUUGAAAACCUGCUUUCUUCUCUUUUGUAAGCCCUGGUAGCCAGCCCAGUGUGCUGCUGUCUUUGUUAAAUAUGAAAAACCAUUUAUUGCUGAGCAGGCUUUUGUGUUGGAAGAUUAGUCUCUCUACAGGCCAGAACACCAGCUGAUGCUGUGUUGAGAUGAUUCCUUUAUUGUUGCAUAUACAUUGUAAUUUAUAAAGGUAUAGAGCUCAACCAUUGUCUUAAGCCAAAUAAAGCUUCAGUUUCAGUGUUUGGAGACCUAAGUUAUAUUCUAAUUGGUCACGGCCAUUGCUGCAUGCGUAUUUGAACUCCUUUUGCACAAGAGGCCUCUUAAUUUCUUUUUCUGCCUUUGACUAGCGGGUCUUAGAAAACUGACAUUUAUCUAAGUCAGAGUCUCUACUAAUAUUUCAGCUGCAUGCAACAUCCAUUGAUUUCUGAGCAAAAUAUAAAGACAGUAUGUAGCUUCUGAAUUUUAAGUUGCCUUGUUUAAAAAAAAAAAAAAGGAAAAAAGGAAAAAAAAAAAAAAGAAGAAAAAAGAUUAAAAAAAAAAAAAGAACUGCAUGUGGAAUUAAUGGGAUGUAGAGCCCUUUGAGUCAGACGUUAGCCAGUGCAGGAGAGAGGCUUCCUACUGUCAGCACUGGAGCACUUUUGAAGAUAGAGGGCAUGAGUUUCAUUUACCGAGGAGGUCACUGCCUUGUCCCUGGGAGAAGGAAUGUCCAUUUCCCAGCUGUGCGGCCCCGUGCCCCGGGCAAGGCUGGGAUCUCAAGAUAACUGAGGGUCAGGCCCGGAUAUUUUCAGGAAAGAUGCAGAACUGGAAAAAAAAAAAAAAAAAAAA